UGCGCAGGCUAUUGCACGAUCACAACAUGGCUGCGCCCGUGAUGCCUUCGAGAAGGAGCUGAGCUUUUGAUGUGAGAGACGGGCUGAUUCUUUCUUUAAAAACUUGUCGCACUCCCGAGGUGUACAAGUGGACCAGGAAUACACCACUAUUUGCAAAGAUUGCUGCGAAUUUGUACUAUUUCAUGGGCAUCUUGGGCCUGAAUUGGGAAUAUUUCUGACCCCCAACUCCACUGAAAACCCUAAAAUACUGGCUUUUCAAUGGGAAAAGAAAUAUACUGGUCUGACAGCAUUGUGCUUUGAAAUGGAGAAGGAUUAACUGAAAGACUUCCCUUGUGGAUCUUCAAAUGAUGGAAUUCUGAAAAGCUCGGUCGGGCUUGUGGGACUGGACCUCCCUUGCACAGGAAUCACAUCGGGUAACAGAGGGAUAUGGACCAUGUGCAGGAAGAUGAGAAGGAUGCAGAAGAGAACAUAAGGACCAGGAGGAGGCUGAAACUGCUCAACCUCUUUGUAAGACGAACCACUCAUCUCUGAAAUCAAUUGAAUGAAUCUCUGUGAACUGCCUUCAGUGCAACUGCAUUCCUUCUCACAAUUGCAGCCUCAAAACAUGGUGAAGAUAGCGCUGCCAGAGGCUUUGAAGCUGAUCGUGUGUAUGGCUCCUUCCAAACUGGGACAUGCACUGUUUCUAACAUCUCUGGUUUGCCAUUGAUUGUUGCAAAAAGGCAAGCCAUGAAGAUUCCUCCAUUCCAAGAGAGAGUACAAAUUUCAUUCUCUCUUGCCAGAGUUCCACAGGCUACAGGAUCAACCUAUUGAGAUGUUAUUGCACAUCUCUGGAGUAGUUGGGAUUUGAACUGAUGCCUCCUGGUUCAGAGAUGAUUAAAAGCACUGCGGAGCUCAGAAGCAUUUUCUGGACGAGGAAAGGUCCCCGCAGCCGCUGCCUCUUCUCGCUGAAGGAUUUGAGAAACUGCCUGCGACCUGAAUGGAUGGGAAUGGGGAAAGCAGGAUUUUACCAGCACAGGGCUGAACGCCCCUCCACCGCCUUCACUUUGCUGUUGCUUUUCGUUUCGACGUGUGCUAACACAGCUUACUGCCAGCAACAGUAUCAGUGCAGGAUCCAGAAGUGUACCACUGACUUUGUGGCGCUGACCUCCCAUCUGAAUGCCGCCCUGAAUGCUUUCGCCUCAGAGUUCUGCAUCGCCCUCCGAGCUUACGCUCUCUGCACCGAGCGCACAGCCAAGGCGUGCCGGGGUAACCUGGCCUUCCACUCAGCCAUGCUUGGCAUCAGCGACCUGAUGAGCCAGAGGAACUGCUCCCGGGAAGGGCCUACCUUGAUUGCAGCCAAGGAUCUGGUACCUGUCAGUCACAACAUGGGCUUUUGUGAUUAUGAGAACCGAGCUGGCUUGGUGCGGGGGCACCGGGCAGCAGCAGGCACUGAACCGCAGUCCAGCCACCGUUACGUCUUCUGUGGCUUGUUCGGCGACCCGCAUCUCAGAACUUUUCGCGAUCACUUUCAAACGUGCAAAGUGGAAGGAGCCUGGCCCCUGAUUGACAACGAAUACUUGUCAGUGCAAGUAACCAACGUCCCUGUUGUGCAGGGUUCCAGCGCCACAGCUACUAACAAGAUAACAAUCAUAUUCAAAACUUACCAUGACUGUACAGAUCAGAAGGUUUAUCAAGCGAUGACAGAUGAUCUGCCUGCAGCAUUCAUUGAUGGUACAACAGUGGGAAAUGGCUGGAUAAAGACUUUGUGGAUAGUGGAGAAAGUAAGUGGUAAACAUGUGGAGCUGCAUGCAAGAUACAUCGGAAUGACUGUGAUAGUGCGCCAAGUGGGGCCGUAUUUGACCUUUGCAUUGCGGAUGCCCGAAGCAUUAGCCCUGUCUGAGAAUGACAACCAGGGACUGCAGCUUUGUGCCCGUGGCUGCCCCACGAAUGAACGCAUUGACGAAGGUGGACAUCUUCCUCUCCCAGCCAAUAGUCCAAACCAUCUGCACCAUCUCAAGGCCCCAGCAAAGGGAGCUUACACAUUAGAGACUGCGACAGCCAAAUGCCAUGAGAAAAUCCAAGUUAAGGAUGUUUAUUUUCAUUCUUGUGUGUUCGACCUUCUGACAACUGGGGAUGUAAACUUUACAGCAGCAGCUUACAGUGCCCUCCAAGACCUAGAAAUGUUGCAUCCAAGAAAGGAAAGGUGGCACAUUUUCCCCAGAAGCAGCAGUGUUGCCCAGAACAUCAAUGUCUUAUUUAACAUUUUUGCUGGACUGUUUUCUUUUGUUAUAAUUUUGUUUUUGUAAGGUUUUGUUUAUAAAAAUAUUAAAUAUAUAUUGUUAUAAUAUAUUCAGAUGUAUAUAUGUAUAUACAGUAUGAGAUUUGAUGGCAAUCCUGAGUAAACAAGAUUGUACAUAUUGUGUAAUUUUGUUAUGUAAGUUCACAUGAAGUUGGUUGUAGUAUUAUGUACUUUUGGUGAAAGUUUUUUUAUUUGCAAGUUAUGUAUGAGUUGUGUUAGCCCUGCAGUAGGGUCUGUUGUUACAAAGGGCACUUUAUGUUUCUACUAACUGACACUUAAAAUGGCGACCAGUAAACGUGUUGAAAUUUAUUUUGCUGUCUGUCAAAUUGAAGUUUUGAUAUACAGCCUCAGAAGGAUUCCCAGAUGUGCUUCCUGGGUAUAAAUAGAUAACUUUGUGUAAGUGUAAUUGCCUAAAUAUGUAAAUAGUUAACUUAUUUAUAAUAAUGUCCUACUAGAAGAACCUAGAGCAGAUUCUGUGCUAUUUGUGUUCACUCUGCUGUGAUAGUGGUGCCACCUUGUGGAUUGCACUUGUUACUUCAGUGUUCAGGUUACCAAUGAUUUAUGAACCUAAUUUGUGAUUUUUAAAAAGGGCGUUAAAGGCCUUUUAUAUUAUCUAAUGUAUGUUAAGAAAUCCCUUCCCUCUGUCCCACCAAAAAAGAAAAAGUUAGAACUUAUUCCCAAGGCAAUAAAUGCAUUUUCUUGGGUUUUUCCACAGUUGUCUUUUCAAGUGGAGAUAUCUGACUCUGACUCUGUUAAAUAUGAUCUCUUUUUGGCUUUUAAAGUUUCAUUGGUUGACGGGUCCAGGAAAAUCGCUCAUGUCUUAACCGAUUUACAUUUUAAUGUUAGGAGUGUAACUGUUUGCUCAUCAAUCACUUUGAGUAGUCACACCUGCAAACUUAGUCCAACCACUUUUCAUUGGACUAUCAUUAUGCUUUGCAUUUUUAUAACAUUCUCUCAUAGGGUCACAAUGCAGAAUAGCAGUAGUAAAUUAAUAUCUUGGCAACUCAGAUUUAUAAACCUAUUCAGACCAAUUCAGUUGGGAAUGAGAUCUUGCAAAUUGGUCUCAUCAAAAUUUUAUAAACUCAAAAUAAAUAUUCUUGCAUACAUCCAUGAAUAACUUAAAUAUGACUUUUACUGUAGAUGGACUUGAAGAAUUGGUUGGUAUUAAAUGCACCAUUUUCCAUUGAUCUCAUAAAAUCUCCCCUACAAUGGUUUACUAUAUCUUGGCAUUUGGUACACAAAGGGGCCUCCACCCAUGAUUCCACACGAUAUGGAAGCCUUGUUCUACUUUGGAAAAGUCCUAUGGAAUAUAUCAAAAGUCUGAAUUAUCAACAUACUUUAUUUGGAUUUCUUUAAUGUUUAAAUUAGGCAGCUACUGUUACUAUUUCAUCAAAGUGGAAACCUGCAAGUUUGUAUAUUUUAAAUUCCUAUUGAAGUCAAACAUGCUGUUGAAACGUGCAUUAAAGUUCUGU